CCAAAUAAUUGUUAUUAGGGAUGCAUUCAUCCUCUCCACAGAUAUUACAAAUGAUAAUUAUUUAUGCGAUACAUAUAUUAUUGCUACCAUAGAUGUCUCCAAAUGAUUGCUACAAUGGGUGCAUUCAAGUUUGUUUGCACGCAUGAUAGUAACCAUUUGGAGACCCUAAAAUGUUCCUAUAAUCCUUCUCUAUAUUUAAUUUUGGUGUGAAAAAUGAUAUGGGCUUAAUGUAAAAAAUUGGUGUUCCUUUUGGGGUAUCCAGGCUUUUACUCCAAAAAGCUUUCCAAGAAUUCACGAGUCGGGCAAAAGACUGGAUUUUGAACCAAAAACAUCCAUCAAACAUGAGACGACGCAACGAAGAAGGUAAGAGAAGGAACAGAUACGCUUCCACACCACCGAGAACCCGACCCGAAACACCCCCUGGCUCAGCCCGUGCUCGCCGGAUCUCUCCUCCGCCCGCGGCGGGAUCUCUCAUCGACAGCGAUGCAGUUACGGAGGAGCUCUCCUCAUCUUUCCACGACCUCCGGAUCUCAUCCGAUUUCGAAGCUCCGAACCCGAGGAGCUUCCCGUACAGCGUGAAGCAGCAGUGCUGGGAGAAAGCCGAGAAGGUGAAGGGCCGCGACCCGGACCGCUGGCGCCGCGACGCUUUGGGUAAUACCGUUUUCCGGAAGCUGGUGGGCUGCCCAGGUUGUCUCUGUUAUGACUAUGACCAUAUCAUUCCUUACUCUAAGGGAGGAAAAAGCACAUUGGAAAAUUGUCAGGUUUUACAGGCCAGGGUGAAUAGGUCUAAGGGAAACCGAACAGAAAUGUCUAAAGCCGAACUGAUUCAGAAAAGCUCUUACUGCAGAGUUUCAGGCCGAGACAUGGAUCUUGUCGAAUUGACAUCGUACGGCGAUGUCCAUCGUGGACAAGAAGAUGCCGGCGGAUGUAACAUCCAAUAAUAAUAAGACUCUCUUCUUCAACAGCUAGCAGCACUCUCUAACAAAAUCUGCAACUUCCAUGGCAUAUUUAUGUCAUGGUCUAAGUCUUAUGGUUAAAUUAUAAGGAUUGGUUGCAUUCACCACCCUUCCAAUUAAGUAUUCUGAUAAGAAAUUUAUUUCUGUAGUAAAAUUGCAAAAAGAACAACAAAAAAGGUAUAUUUGGAACACAGGGGUGUGAACAGUGGAGAAGAUGUAUGCAUUGGAGAUAGUGUUGAU